AUGGGGAACUCAUACACUGAUUUGUACAUUGAUGAACCGUUAUUCGAUGACGACUAUGAUGAAUAUAACAUUAGUGACUUUGUUGGUGAAUGGCAAGAUACCAAAUAUGGCAGUCAAAUGUUAUUUGAAUUAUCGAAUGAUAAACAAAUCCUAACUGGUCGAUCAUCAACGGGUGCCAAAGCUAAAGGAUAUAUCAGAGGUCAAUCAAUUCAAUUAGAAUUAUUUUAUGGUACAAGUAAUAAAAAAUGUGAAUAUAAGGGCUCAUUAGAAAUAACUAACAAAUUAAAUUAUAUGAUUAUAUGGCAGAAAAAAAAUCAUUCAGGACAAUGGAGAACUACGAGUUCGUGGAUUAAACUAUAA